AUGAAUCCCGCUACACGCCCCGCUAAACGCAUGCGCCGAACCGCUACCGCUGUACUGGCUGGCCAAUGCGAUCCUCGGCCCGCGCGCGACGUGCUCACCAGCCUGCUCAACGGUGUGCCUCCGUAUCAAGUCGUGGAGAAGGAGGAGGAGAACGCACGGCGGCAGGAGAAGAAGGAGGCGGCUAGGGACAGGAAGAAGGCCCGAGCGGCGGAGAAAGCCAGGAAGGCGGCGGCGAGGGAGGGGAACGCGACCGCGGCAGCGGACGGCUUACCAAACGGACGCGCCACUGCACCAUUCACCUUCGCCAUUCCAACGCCUGCUGCACCCUCUGGCAAGCAGCCCCACUUCCACGUCCGCCCCGCUAUCCACAUCACCUCUGGCCACCGAUCGGUCUCCGUCACGCCCCCGCCCAUGACCCCUCCUCCCAUGUUCCCCUCAUCUCCGGGCUCUACCCCAGGGCCGGACGACUCCUCCGCCACCUCCCGCACCUCAUCUAAGCGGCCGUACACGCCCGACACGCUGGACGGCUUCGAUCGUCACCCGUCCUUCAGUGCGCCUGUCAAGCGGAAGAAGCCUCGUGCAGCUGCGAAGAAAGGCUGGAAGGGCUGGGUCGAAGGAUCUCCAGAGCCUUCAGACCGGCUUAUCAACCUGGACCAAGCAGUCGUGUUCCAAGAGCGCAGGACGCGCAGCGGGAGGAACUUCGAUGCCUAG